GUGUGCCUGCAGGCAGCUGAGCUCUCCUCCUCCCUAAUAGCACCAGAGGUCGCUCUGAUUCCCUUAAAGACAGUUCACACAUCUUUUCCUCCUCAGACCUCCCUUAUCGUUCGCAUCUGAGCAGAGUUGCACAAGCGCCUGGAGGAGAGUCGCACAUUAUACCCAUAUGAACUAGCAUGAAGAAAGGAGCCCUGGAGCUACAUAUCUGCAUUAUAGGCUGUAGACAAGGGAUACACCGCGCUGCACCCAGGACAAUCUCCCUCAUCUCCACUCAGUGCUCAGGUGCUAAGUGGGACAGGACUGGGCACUGCCUGCCAGAGUGGGCAACAGGUGCAAUUCCUUAUUGCUUCUCUUGGGAGAGGCUGUGCUAGAGGGACAAGGAGCAUUUUUCUUUGUGUUUGGAGCAAAUUAAGUUGCCACCAUUACUUCCAAAAGUGAAGAGGACUUUCUAGCCCUGGCAGCGUCCAGGCUGAGCCGCAGGAAACGGGUGAUUGGUGCUGCCAUAGGGGUGGCCAUGGUACUGAUACUGCUGGUUGCCAUCCCUUUGCUGGUUAGUAGCUCUAAGAGCAGCACCCACUAUGAGAUGCUGGGCAGCUGCAGGAUGGUGUGUGACCCUUACACCCCUCAGACCCAUGGGGCAGAUUCCAGCCAAGAAUUAGCCCUUAUUUCACCACCACCCAACCUUCAGGUAGGUAAGGGGGACCAGGGCAAAAAAGGCAAAUCAGGUAUCAGGGGACUUCCAGGGCCACCAGGACCCCAAGGACCUAAAGGACCACCAGGAGAACCGGGAAGACCUGGACCCCCAGGCCCACCGGGUCCUGGGCCAGGAGGAUACGUCUCUUCUUAUUACAGCCCCAAGAUUGCCUUCUAUGCUGGGCUAAGAAAGCCACAUGAGGGCUACGAGGUGUUGCGAUUUGAUGAUGUUGUGACCAAUGUUGGAAACUACUACGAGCCCUCGACUGGUAAAUUCACCUGCCCACUGCCUGGGAUCUACUUCUUUGCCUACCACGUGCUCAUGAGAGGAGGAGAUGGGACCAGCAUGUGGGCAGAUCUCAUGAAAAACACCCAUGUACGGGCCAGCGCAAUUGCUCAAGAUGCAGAUCAGAACUAUGACUAUGCCAGCAACAGCGUCAUCCUGCACCUAGACGUUGGGGACGAGGUUUAUGUUAAACUGGAUGGGGGCAAAGUUCAUGGUGGCAACACUAACAAAUACAGUACCUUCUCUGGUUUCAUCAUCUAUCCUGACUGAAAUGGCAGAUGAACUUAAGUGCUCCAUAAUCCCUACCCUGCCAGAGACUUGCAGAGCAUUGCUCCAGUAAACACACGUCCUUGAUCCAUUUCCCCUUACCUCACGGGACACUACAGGACAUAUUUCUCACUAUCCCCAUCCGUGUUAGGAAUAGCCAGCAUGCUCACCAAUGCUGGCAGUUCCUCUGGCACACCGGAGAUUUAAUGGACUCUCAUUACAGUGUGAUCUAAUGCAGGACCUUUCAGAAUAAAGGAAUAAAGUCAGGUCUCCCCUGAUGCACAGAAGCUUCUCAUGUUCAUUGUUUAUUAGCUAUUUCAUUUGGAAGAUGAUGGAUACUCAAUGUGACAAUGGGGAUUUGGGAGAGCAUUGUAGUGUGAGGAACUAUGAGGAGAAAAGUUACAUAUGAAAAAUGUGAUCUGUAUGUUUGCAUGUGUGUAACUCAUUGUGUGUGUGUGUAUGUUUGCGUGUGUGAGAUUGUUAGCACAUGGUGACAGAAACCACAGGCAAAGUACUAAGCAACCUGUAGAAAUCACACUAAAUUCUGGACAUUCCCCCCUGCACAAUACUUGUAUGUUGGAUUCUGUGUCUGCACCCCAGAACACAACGAAACAUGAACUGAAGAUUGGGACUGUGGAACUUAUUCCAAAAUGCUGAUGACAAGGAUCACACUGUAUUGCAUAGCUACUGCAGAAUACUAGUGACAUCUUACCAAAUGAUGAAUCCCACACUCGCUUGGUAUGACAUGGCCUUGGUUUUUUGUGGACACGUCACGCACUCCUUCAUAUUUUAUACUUGUAAAAACCGCAACAGUGCUGCUAUUAAAAACCCAACCACACCUUGAAACUCGGAAUAAGCAGGGUAGCCACAUUAAACCCAACCAUGUAUUGGCUUGUUUUCCAGAGGCGGUCAGCUUGUCUCCUGCAAUGGACCCUGUGCUACAUUCAUAGUCGUUUUAUUGUUCCAAACUAUUUGAAGUCCAGUGCUCUUUAUUAUAUGACUAUCCACUAGCCAAUAUAGAUUAUCUGCUUCAAGAUAUAGCAUACUGAAAACCAAAGCAAAAAGUUAAGCAGCCUUGUUAUAAUAGCUGGCCAUACCAAUAUCAGUUUCCAUACAGAAAACCUUGUAUCUGCUCUCAUGACUUCAGCAGUAUGUACAUUUUUAAAGCACAACAGGAAAAAAAACAAUAUGUUCUGGUUUUAAGCUUUGCACCGCAGGGUAUUCCACAAAUAAACAGCUUGUGGGUCUGCUUAUAUGUUGGUGUGUAUGGUAGCAGGAAGCUGUGCAUCACUUCCUCUAAUUGCCAAGAGGAAGAAGGUGCCUGUGGCACCAAUGCCAUCCUAAUGUAAUAGCCCUAACCAUAGUGACCCAGGUAUGUGCAUGCUGCUGAGUUGAGCCUUCACCUCUACGUCCCAUGUCUCUUUGUUGUGCAGUGUGAACUAUUGGAGUGUUUUGUACAACUAAUAAUAAAACAUGCGUUACCAGAAAUCAA